AUGUGGAACCAAACCUCACAUGUAGAAUUCAUAAUUAUGGGUUUCCCUGAACUUCCACAGCACCAGUUAUAUUUAUUUGCAUUUUUCAGCACCAUCUACCUUCUAACUCUUCUGGAAAAUGUCCUCCUCAUCGUGACCAUUUCACUGAACAACCACCUUCAUACUCCCAUGUACUUCUUCCUAGGAAAUCUCUCUCUUUUGGAAAUAUUCUAUGUCUCAGUAACAAUGCCCAAAUUGUUAUCAAAUCUAUUGUUGGGUGAGAAGACAAUUACUUUGGAGGGCUGCAUCACUCAGCUGUAUUUUUUCUUAUCUUUGGCUUCUUCUGAAUGCUUUCUCUUGGCAACUAUGGCCUAUGACAGGUAUUUGGCCAUUUGCUACCCAUUACAUUAUGCAACACUCAUGAAUCACAGAGUAUUCACUGUCUUGAGUCUGGUUUCCUGGCUAGGUGGCUUCCUGGCUUCCUUUCCAUCAGUGUUGAUGAUCUCCAACUUGCAGUUUUGCAGGAAAAAUACAAUCAGACACUUUUUCUGUGACCUCUCACCUUUGUUGAGGUUGUCAUGCACUGACACUUCAUCCAUUGAGAUGUUGGAUUUUGUGGCAGCUUUAGCAGUCCUCAUGACUUCACUGGCAGUCACUGGAACAUCUUACGUAUGCAUCUUUUGCACAGUUGCAAAAAUCCCCUCCGUCAAAGGGAAGCGGAAAGCUUUUUCCACCUGUGUCUCACACCUGGCAGUUGUUUCUAUGUUCUAUGCCACCACCAUAUUCAUGUAUGCACGACCCAAGGCCAUCGGAACCUUUGAUCUCAACAAGCUGGUGUCCAUCCUCUACACAGUGGUGGCUCCUUUUCUCAAUCCAAUCAUCUACAGCCUUAGAAACAGGGAAGUGAGGAAGACCUUAAGGAGAGCUUUACAUAACUCAGCCAUGUUAUCAAAAUGUUUUCAAACUGAGAAGCUAAAGCCAUCACAAAACUGA